GCAGGCCCCCCAAAGACGACGCCCCCGCCAAUCUUCCAUAGGCAUAGCCAAGCCUGGCCCUCCUCCACGCCCCCACCCCUCAUUCCAGCGAUCACCGACGGACGCGGCGACCAGGAUUCCGCCCUGCCCGCCGCCGGCCGCCUCCACCCACCUCCGUGCGCCUCUCGGAGGGAGCGAAUCGGGCGGGCCGCCUCCUCCCAGCAGCAGGACGUCCGCCCACCACCAACGACAGCCAGCCUCCUCCCGCAGCAGGACGUCCGCGGUCCGCCCACACCCACGCCGGCCCGCCUACUCCUGCCGGACGUGAGCUUUCCAGAAUCCACGACGUCGACUCGUCUGCGGCCAUCCGGAAUUCCGGAUUCCGCCCCCCACGACGCUCGACUUGUCUGCUGCCACCCGAAUUCCGUCCCCCACGGCGCAAUCCUGUUGCCCAAUCCGAGGUGCCAUGCUAGCACAAUAAUGCAGUGAAGUUGUGCCAUGAGUAAAAUGUGCCAUGCAUGUGUAUCAAAAGAGACAACCAUGGAUGAGGUCAAUAUUGACCUAACCUGCAGUACAUCUUGCUGCAAGAUGUGUGACCAUGGUGAGGGAUCAUCAAUUGUUACUGGUGAGGUCAACUGGUUGCACAUGGACUCAAGCCCUUGCAACACUCCUUAUGGCACCCCUAUGUUUAGCCGAGAAAAUUCUUUCUCAAGCUUUGCUAGUUGCUUUUCAAGUCUUGAUGACUCCCUAGCAGACUCUGAUGAGGAGAUUGAGCUCCAAGAUACUGGUCAACUUUAUCCUGAUACCCUAUUAAGUGAUGGUCUUAUGGAGCAAGGAGAAGGGAGUUUAAUACAAGUGGAAGAAUGUCAACUCAGUGAUAUUUCUGUUGUUGAUGACGGGGCUACUUUUCCCAUUCUAGCAUAUCAAAAUAUUUCAUCUGGUCAUCCACAGUCGGAGACCCUUGAAGACUCCACCAAGGAAAAUUUUGGUGCCACCAAUAUUACUUCAUAUUCGAAUCUAUCUUCUGAGCAGCAUCAAGAUGUCCUAUCCAAUAAUCAAUCUAUAGAAACAAAAUUUGGUGUAUCAGUGGAAGAUAUCAAUCCUAAACAAUCCGGUGUGAUAGAUGUUGAAGAGGUCACCAGCCUUCCUAUGCCAGGUGGUGAUAUUAUUCCAUUGAAUGAACAAGUUAUGGAUCAACUUGAUAAUACCAUGGAAAAUACAAUAGUUUAUAACAAUAUAUCAAAUACCGAACCUGACAUGAAACAUGGUGCUGACUUUGAUAACGAAAAUGAAUGCCUAUACCCAAUGGCAUUGCCCAGUUUUGAUGCAGAUCCUCUCAUAUGGUCACCACCAGAACCAGAAAAUAAGGAAGAUGACUUUGAUACUGUUUUUAAUAACUCUGAUGAGAGUGAAAAUAACAGCAGUGGGUGGGCUAGGUCAAGUUUCAACUUUAACUUAGCAGAGCGAAGCAAGGAAAGCCAUGAAGACCAAUUGCAGAAAGUAAUGUCAGAAGUUAUGAAUGGGCAAUUCAAGAUCCUUGUAAGUCGUUUCUUGGCUGCUGAAGGGUUCUCUCUGUCUUAUGGAGGCACCGAGAAGAACUGGUUUGAUAUUGUUGCUUCAUUGUCAUGGGAUGCUGCACUACUUGUCAAGCCUGAUGCCAAUUCUGGAAAUGCAAUGGAUCCUGGUUUGUACGUGAAGGUUAAAUGCAUAGCUUCAGGAUCUUACCAGCAGAGUGAAGUGAUCAAUGGUCUUGUUUUUAAGAAGAGUGCUGCACAUAAGCAGAUGCGUGCCAAUGUAAAGCAUCCAAAAUUGUUACUUCUUCAGGGUGGUCUUGGCCAUUCUUCAACAGGGCUGUCAUCAAUAAAUUCUAUGAAACAGGAAAAUGAACAGCUGGAGAAAACGCUUAGUGAAGUGAUAGGCAAAUGCCAGCCUGAUGUCAUAUUGGUGGAGAAAGUAGUUUCCUGUAACGUAAAUGAAUAUAUUCAGAAACAAAGAGUUACAGUAGUUAGUGACAUGAAUAUGCAUCGGCUGGAAAGAAUUGCUCGUUGCACUGGCUCUCCAAUAAUAUCAUUGCAGGAUGCUCUUACAAAACCCAGCCUUAUUAAGCAGUGUGAGACUCUCCAUUUUGAAAAGUUUAUUGAAGAGCAUAAUAUUACUGGGGAAGAUGGAAGGAAGUCAUGCAAAACGUUUUUAUUUCUGAAGGGUUUUCCGAGACCUCUGGGAUGCACAAUACUGCUGAAAGGCGCAUCAAGAGAAGAACUUAAGAAGAUUAAACGUGUCCUUCAUUUCACUGUCUUUGCAGCUUACCAUUUGAUCCUUGAAACUUCAUUCUUUGCUGAUCAAAAAUUAUUUACAGCAGACAAACCUACCUCAGGGAAAGAGAAAUGCUUUAAAACUAAUCCAUGCCUGCGUGGUCCCUGUUAUGAUAGUUUGAAAAACAGUGACACCAUGAAACAUCCAAUUUGUGAUGAUCAGUAUGCUAAUCAGGAAAAGUUCAUUCAUACUGAAAAAUCUAUAGUGCUGCAUCUUCAUGAUUCCAAAACUAUGACAUCUGAAGAUCCUGCCGGUGAAAAGCAUAUUGAUAGCAAAGGCAUUCAGUCAUAUUCAUCAUUGCCUGUUUCAGACCACUUGACAAAUUUUAUGCAGGAAACAUCAUCAUCAGAUUAUGCUGAGUCAAAUACAUGUGAUGGUUUUGAUGGCUCAAAAUUCACGGAUACUUCCAAAGAGGUGCAGAAGGAACAAUCAUCUGGUAAAAAAAUUGAAGAAACUGCUGAUGGCAUUUGUGCUGAGAGUGGAGCUGCUUUGAAUACUCAAGACAUCUUAAUUUCAAUGUCUAGCCAACAUAUCAGGAACCAAUCUGUUUGCGAGCAGAGUCACCUUUCCCGGAUAACAUAUUAUGGGUAUUUCGAUACAUCCCUUGGACGAUAUUUGCAAGACACUUUACUUAAUGAGAAACACAGCUGCUUAUCAUGUGGCGAGUCUCCAGUAGCUCACAUGUACUCUUAUACCCACCGUAAUGGUACCCUCACUGUUCUUGUGAAAAGACUUCCCUUGGAGUCAUCACUUUCUGGUGAGGCUCAAGGAAGAAUUUGGAUGUGGACCAGAUGCUUGAGAUGCAAUGCUAAGCCAACCAAUAGGGUUAUAAUAUCUUCCUCUGCAUGUAAUUUGUCGUUUGGGAAGUUCUUGGAACUCAGCUUCUCAACUCAUUCUGCUGCGAAGAAGCUAUCAACAUGUGGCCAUUUGCUGCAUAGAGACUGCCUGCGUUUCUUUGGAUUUGGAUCCAGAGUUGCUAUGUUCAUAUACUCAUCUGUUGAAAUAUAUUCUGCUUGUAAGCCUCCACUGACUUUGGAGUUCAAUAACCCGAACAAAAAGGAUUGGCUUGAGGUUGAAGUGAAUAAUGUCCUUGUUAAAUGGAAAGAACUCUUCUCAGAAGUUGAAAAUGUAAUACAAGACUUAAGAUCAAGACACUCUACUCAAGCCAUGGGGGAAGACACCAACAUUUCAGGAUGCGAGGAUUUACUUUUGGAUGUGACUAGGAUGCUUACGCGAGAAAAAAAUGAAGUUGAGGUUUCUCUGAAGGCGUUUAACCAAAUUGUAAUACCCAAAAGUUUUCCACAUGAGAUCCUUGGUUUGAACUGGCUGUACCAGCAACUUCUUCUUGGAUUCUAUAUUUGGGAUCUUCGGUUGCUUCAUAUUCUCGAGUACACUAAAGUUAAUACCGUUUCUUUAGACAAUUCUAUUCACGAAAGCACAGUAAAGAAUGAGCAGAAGAAUUCUGGAAGUAUUGCUAUCCAAGACGCAUCGUCAGUGAAGGACAUUGAAAUGGAAAGAAAUGAAGCAACUAUAAGUUCUUCUGGCAGCUUUGAUGAUUCAUGUACCGAUAAACAUUUUUUGGAUAAGGCUCAGCUUACUGAUAAACUAAUAAUCAAAGAGCAGGAGUUGCCCGUUUAUCAAUAUCAUGGUGUAAGAUCAUCUCUUUCUUCUCCAGGCAAAGCCGCUGAAAAUGGUUCACAUCAGUUUGAGGCCUCUGUGGAGAUAGCUAAUGAUUUUUGUUCAGAUAAAUUACCAUUUACAUAUAAUGAACAACCUGAAGCAUCCAAAGUAAAUGAAAUAUGUCGUGUUGUCAUACCAAGUGAUGAUGCAGGAAAAUGGGUCUGGAAUCAAUUUAGUCACUUGGAAUUGGAAUACAAGAAAGAACUUCAAGGUUGUUCUUUGGAUAAAUUUCAUCUCAUCAACAAAUACACCCCAAGUUCUUCAUCAUUAACACAAUUAAAACAUCAAAUGGACCUGGGGCAAUUUAUAGUUGGCCGUGGUGGUAAUAUCUUGUCAGUUGCUGAGGAAGAGGUUUCCAGCAUUAUUGCUGUCGCAUUAACUAUAUCUGAACAACAAGGGUUCUCUUCUGAAGCUGCAUCCAGCAACUUGGAUAGAAAUGUUUCUAUGCUGUCAUCCAUGCUUGCAUCACCAAUAUCACCUAUGGAAUCAACAUCUGGAUUUUAUGAUUCAUUUCUGUCAGUUAAAGAUAUGCAUCCUGCAAUUGAUCUGAACAAUCAAAACAUAGCUCUUAGAAGCAAAUAUACUGUUGUUUGUAUAUAUGCAAAGCAAUUCCAUGAUCUUCGGAAGAUAUGUUGCCCAUCAGAACUUGCAUAUAUUUCAUCGAUAAGCCGCUGCAAACAUUGGAAUGCACAGGGCGGAAAGAGUAAGGUUUUCUUUGCGAAAUCAAUGGAUGACAGAUUUAUCAUAAAACAAAUUAAGAUGACUGAGUUCCACUCAUUCUUAAAGUUUGGUCUUGGGUACUUCAAGCAUUUGGGUGUAUAUCAGGUCUCAAGUAACCCUACAUGUCUUGCAAAAAUUCUGGGAAUAUAUCAGGUUAAAGAAACUAGGAACGGCAAGGAGGCAAGGACUAAUUUCAUGGUUAUGGAAAAUCUUUUGUUUGGACAUAAUAUACUACGUAGAUAUGAUCUGAAGGGUGCUCUUUUCUCACGAUAUGUUCCUGAUUCGGAAAAUCCUGAAAAGGUGCUGUUGGAUCAAAAUUUCAUUGAAGAUAUGCGUACCAUGCCGAUAUACAUUCAAGGAAAAACCAAAAACCUCAUGGAACGUGCUAUUUGGAAUGACACGGCUUUUCUAAGUAACAUGAAUGUCAUGGAUUACUCCUUGUUUGUUGGAGUUGACAAACAGAAGAAAGAGCUUGUGUUUGGAAUUAUAGAUUAUUUGAGACAAUAUACCUGGGACAAACAGCUGGAAUCUUGGGUGAAGACAUCUCUUGUUGUUCCGAAGAAUCUAUCCCCAACUGUAAUUUCACCUAGGGAGUACAAAAUCAGAUUCAGAAUGUUUAUGUCACAAUACUUUCCAUCAGUUCCCGAUGCUUGAGUCUUGAGGCCUGAUCAUUUCCUGGUAUUGGUAGUUGCCUGAACUUGUCAUGAGUUAGGAUCAGUUCAUUACUUCAUUUUUGUAGUGUGUGUAUGUCUAUCUUUGUCCAUUUUGCUUCCCCGCAGCUGUACAUCAUAGCAUUUAGGACACCAGGAAAGUGCAUUAUUUUAAGCAAAUGAAUGGUGAUUGACACGUAAAUAACCUAGCUAGUGUUCUUUGUUGGUGAUAGUUAGGGUGGAGAUUGAUAAAGGGGUAGAGAAGCAUUUAAUGUGCCCGCAGUUGUGUUUAUUGGAAUAUAUAUUGCUGGAAUUCUAAGUCAUUCCCAUCCUUUGAGGAUUCAUAUUUCUGUAUUACUUUAAUCAAAUGAGUUGUAAGGUUUGUGGGUUGAGCACUUCCCAUGCCAAAGGCAUAAAUACGUUGACACUAUUCAGUCAAGAUGUGUCUAUCAUAAUAUGAUCUAUCCUGGAA